CAAACACGAGUAUGACCUUUCACCAAUUUAUGCCGAAUUACCUAAAGAUUCAAAAGCUUUACCGAAAAUCGCGAAUGUGAUUGUGGCUACCAUGAAGCAUGAAAUAACGGCUUUGGAGGAGGCAAGACGACAGGAACUGAAGGCUGAUAUAAAGGCUUUGGAGGAGGCAAGACGACAGGAACUGAAGGCUGAAAUAAAGGCUUUGGAGGAGGCAAGGCGACGUGAAAUAAAGGCUUGGGAGGAGGAAAGACGACAAGAAACGAUCAACAUAAUUGAAAAAAAAGAACGAGAAAGGAAGGAGAUAAUACAGGAAAUAUCGGAUUUAAGGAUCCAUAUGAAGGGUCUUGAGAUUGAUGUCAAAAAGCGCACUGAGCUUCUUUUACUAUCAACAAAGAUGUGUAAUGUGAGAGGUGCUUUAGAGUUUAUCAGAGCAAAGAUUCCGUCACAGGACAAGACUGUCGUGUUUCACGAAUCUGUAGACAAUGUUUUGAUGAAGCUGACUCAAGAUGCAAAGUUUAUAUCAUAUUUAAAGCGAACAUGCUCACUUAAUAAUUUUCAAUACAAGGAUGUCGAAAAAUGCAUGGGUGGUCUCUAUCACACUGCAUCAAAACAGUUGCACGGUCACGAAACUGAUAUUGGAAUUGAUGCGCGGGACUGGACUGUGAAUGAAGUAUUAGCAUUAGGUGUUCUUUUUUAUUAUUAUAAUAUUCCGUACCUUUAUUACAAUGAAGACGGGAAAUUAACUGACUACCCUUAUAAGUUAGCUGAUCUAUUCUGA